AUGGCGAUGCCGUGCCGUCUCGUCCGGCUUCUCCUGACAGCCAGCUGCAUCCUGCUUCAGGCCCUCGGCGCCCACGCCAUUACCCGCCAUUACAAGUUCAACGUAGUUAUGAGGAACAUGACACGGCUUUGCUCGACCAAGCCCAUCCUCACUGUGAAUGGCAAGUUCCCAGGACUAACCCUUUAUGCAAGAGAGGGCGAUAAUGUUCUUGUCAAGGUCGUCAAUCAUGCAACUCACAAUGUCACCAUCCACUGGCAUGGGGUAAGGCAGAUCCGGACAGGGUGGUCCGAUGGACCAGCAUACAUCACACAGUGUCCAAUCCAGCCGGGCAGCAGCUUCCUGUAUAACUUCACUAUUACUGGUCAAAGGGGUACGCUCCUCUGGCAUGCCCACAUCAACUGGCUGAGGGCUACCGUCCAUGGUGCCAUCGUCAUCCUCCCCAAGCUUGGUGUGCCCUAUCCCUUUCCCACUCCUCACAAGGAGGUCGUUGUUGUGUUAGGAGAAUGGUGGAAAGCAGACACAGAAGUGGUCAUCAACCAGGCUAUGCAACAAGGAGUAGGACCUAAUGUUUCCGAUUCACACACCAUCAAUGGCCACCCUGGUCCACUGUCUGAUUGUGCCUCCUUGCAAGAUGGAUUCAAGCUGAAUGUAGAAAAUGGCAAGACAUACAUGCUCCGAAUCAUCAACGCUGCUCUGAAUGAUGACCUCUUCUUCAAGAUUGCCGGGCACAAAUUCACUGUGGUAGAGGUUGAUGCAGUCUAUACCAAGCCAUUUAAAACUGGAACCCUGCUCGUCACUCCAGGCCAGACCACCAAUGUCCUCCUCACUGCUGAUCAAAGUGCUGGCCGCUACCUUUUCUCAGUUUCUCCAUUCAUGGAUGCCCCCGUGCAAGUUGACAACAAAACAGGCACAGCUACCUUGCACUAUGCUAACACUAUCUCUGCCACAGCAACACUGACUCUCAUCAAGCCACCACCACAAAAUGCCACCACUAUUGUCUCAAAAUUUGCUGAGUCUCUCCGUAGCCUCAAUUCCAAGGAGUACCCAGCCAAUGUGCCACAGACAGUAGAUCACUCUCUUUUCUUUACCGUUGGCGUGGGUGUCAAUCCAUGUGCAAAAUGCAUUAAUGCGACAAGGUUGGUUGGAACAAUCAACAAUGUGACAUUCAUUAUGCCAUCCACCCCAAUUCUCCAAGCCCAUUAUUAUGACAUUCCAGGGGUGUUCACUGAUGAUUUUCCAGCAGCGCCACUACACAAGUUCAACUAUACAGGAAGUGGCCCCAAAAACCUUCAAACUAUGAACGGAACAAGGAUUUAUAGGCUGCCAUACAAUGCUUCUGUUCAGAUUGUACUCCAGGAUACAGGGAUCAUAUCACCUGAAAGCCACCCAAUCCAUUUGCAUGGCUAUAACUUUUUCGUGGUUGGAAGGGGGAUUGGGAACUACAACCCCAAAACCUCUCCAUCCAUGUUUAACCUCAUUGACCCUAUUGAGAGAAACACCAUUGGAGUUCCUACCGGAGGUUGGACAGCAAUCAGAUUUAGGGCGGACAACCCAGGUGCUUGGUUUAUGCAUUGCCAUUUUGAGGUGCACACAUCAUGGGGACUAAAGAUGGUCUUUGUGGUGGACAAUGGCAAAAGACCUAAUGAGACUCUUAUAGCACCACCCAAGGAUCUUCCUCAGUGCUAA